AUGAAGUCUUCGCUCUUCGCCGCCUUGGUCAGCGGCACCAUUGCUGGUGUGGUCGCCUCCCCCAUGGACGAGCUCUUCGGCCGCCAAGCCACUUGCAACCGCGACAACUGCUUCCGUGCGGUCAUCGGCUCUAAGCCCGGCCCGGCGGUGGCGUCGGCGGACUGUUCUUCAUGGAUGCAAGUCACCGAGACUCCCUGCGCAUCGACCGUGACGGAGACUGCAGUCGUCACGUCUUUUACUACCACCUUGAGCAACCCGUACCCGGGCCUUAGGAAGGUGAAGCGCGAGGAGCUGGAAGACCGCCAGGUCUCGUUGACCACCACCGCGGCGGCGGCGGCGUCGUGCACGCCCUCGAGGAACAGUCCGAGCAGCAUGCCGGCUUACAUCGACUCGGCCUGCAAGUCCACCAUCGGAACACUCGUCCCCACGGCGCGCUACUCGUCUGCCUGCUCGUGCGACGGUAUCACCGCCGCGACGACGACGCUCCCCGCUGCUGUCGUCACCGUGACCAGCACCAGCACCGUGGAGGCCGCCUUCACGCCCACGAACAAGCCCACGGCCUUCGUCCUGCAAGGCUCCGGCGACAGGAGUCUGUACGUGACGGUCGACGGCAACGGAGCACUGCGCCUGGUCCGUGACGUCACGGCGGCCACGCCCUUCUACGUCGACAAUGCCGGGCAGAUGCGCAACUACAACAGCCCGGACAAGACGCUCGUCGACUACUACCAGCCCGACCCGGCCACUGCCAACGACAAGGUGUACAGCGACGUGCAGCGCGUAGGGAACUACCCGAUCACCUGUGGCAACGUCGGGCGCAACGCGGGCGAGUACUAUGGCAACUGCCAGUCGAGCGGCUCGCCCACCGGAAACCCCGUCGUGUAUGGUUUUGGAUACUGCCCCAACCAGGGCGGUUACGUGUACAUGAUCCCAAACAACUCGAAUGUGCGCUGCGCUGGAGGUUAUGCUUUCCUGGGCUUCUUUCUCCAGUCGUACCCGAGCAGUGCCUAG